AUGGACGACCGCAGGAGCGUGCGCUCUGCAAGCCGGCGCAAAUCACCUACUCCCCAACCACCUUCCAAGGCAACCGCCCAACAAUUGGGGCGCGCAUCGCGAGCGAGAAGUUUGCGCAGUGCAAGUCGCGAAGUAGAAGGCUUUGUCGACAUUCAGAAACCCGCCCGCCGAAGCGCGCGACAAGCAAGCGUGACUACAAAUGAUGAGAGUGGAAACGAGCCACAAAAGGCGCGCAAGACAAAGCACGAAUCCGCAAAAGAGCUGCUGGGAGACCUCACAGUCGUUGAGGAAACGGAUACCCAGAUUGACCUCGAGCAAGACAAAGAAGCCCCAGGUACACCUACGCGCACCGAUACCGAGCCCGGACAUGCGUCCUUUCAAUCACCCGGCGCUGCAUCCCAAAUGUCUGGGACCACGGCGAUCUCCUCUUUCAGUAUGGUCGAAGCCGAGUUCCUGGAGCCUAGGUUUAUCCUGAAGCAUCUGCGCAAGUUGUGUGAUUCUGCUGAGGAGUUUUUGGAACACAUUGCGCCUGAUCGAGGAACGAUGGCAGACGACUUGCAGAACAUACGAGAGAUGCAGAAACCGGGCUCGACUUAUACGGAAGAUUAUCUGGAUCUCAACGACGAGUUGAAUGUGCAUUUAAAGCACUUCAAGAGCGAAGAACACAGCUACAUACAUAUCAGAGCGCUUCACCGCGCUCUUUUCAAGACGAGUGACGAUGUCGCGGCGUCGCAUAGCGGGCUGAAUCUGAUUCUGUACCUUGCCAAUCUAUUGGUGUUGGCGAAGCAGAUGAUCCAUUCGGACCGGGAUGAUAAGAACAUCUGGGAUGUGCUGCGACAACUGGAUAACACUUUUCCAGCCCAGUUCAUGCAGGACCUCGACUUUGGUUUCCAGCCGACAGAAACAGGCCAGAGUGGACUAUACCAAGAAACGCUUGAUCUUGCAGUAGAGUUACGAACCCAGUUGGCAAUACUUGUGCUUCAAAGGUCCGCCGAAAGCCCCGAAUUUAAUGUCGAAGAAACGCUGGAUGAGAUUUUCCUCCGUCCUAAGUCAUCUGAUGGUGUAUGGGCGAUCCGUGGGUGGAACAUGCCAGUCUUGGGAGACGACGAUUCAUCUUUAUCCCGAGAUUUUGAACGUUUGGUUAAGAACCGAGUGCAGGAAAUCCAAGAAUUUUUUCGCGAGGGAUCGUCUUCUGCUGAACUGGACGACUUAAAAUCAGCCUUUCCUUGGGGGCCAACUAUUCUUCGCCUUUUAGACUGGGUGCGUCUUCGACGGAGGGAACUCAAAGCUGUUAUCGACUCUCUUGGUGGAUCAGUGGAGAUUACGCGGAACGUUAAACAAGCUGUGGAGGAUCCUCAGCCUGUUGUCGGAAAAGACCAACGAGAGUCACUGCGCAAAAAGCGAACUUCGAUAGGUCGCGACCGAAGACGUAGCAGCCGCAAAUUCGAUCCAAACGCUGGUGUCGAUCUGCAUGCUCUCAGCAAACUGAAAUCGAGAGAAGGUGAUUCGGGUGUAUAUCUAGAGCCUACAGCUUCUCGGCAGAAUCGGGAGAAAACUCCGCCCCAGCAGCCAAUUGAAGAAGUGCAAGUGCAAAUCGAGCAGCCGGAAUUGGAAGAUCAACAGCAACAUGGACAAGGAAGCACGACUGAACCCGAUACUGAUUCUCAACUGGAUGUUGAAGAGAGCUCUGAAGCGAUCGAAGGAGUGCAACAUAAACAGCCGGAGAGAAACGAUCAAGAAGACGAUUCAGAAUGGCAAACAUUGAUUGGAAGCGAAGAUCAGCAACCCGAGGGUGAGCACUCUGAAAAGCACUUGGGAGAGAAGCAGAUCGACCACCACCCAGCGGUGGAAGACGAAGAGGAACACCAGAUAGAAGACUUUGAAGAACCUCAACCGUCAGCUCCGCCGCAGAGUCCUGCAUCUCUACUUAGGGCUCUCAAGGCUUUACAGAAGCCGCAGAAAGAGAACCGUCCAAUAUCAAUAUUCGAUCGUCAAACGACAGCACAGCGCAUCGAAUUCGGCGAUGGCUUUGAGGAUACACAGCAAACAGCCGGCCCGUCAAACACAGCUAAAGGAAAACAAACUGCGGAACCUUCCCCACGCAAACGUCGCCGUGAAGAUUCGGACGAUUCGGACUCCGACGCUUUCGAAACCAAAGACCGUGGCGACCAUGCCCCAGUGCGUCGUCGCGCGAUGCCUUGGGCAAAAAGACAGCGCACUGAAGGACCACCAGCACCUAUAUCCUCCGGUGCACCACCGAGCCACCAACCCCCUCCCCGUUCUACACAGCCACAUACCCGUCCCUUGUCUGAACAAGAAGAAUCCGUGUCUGAGGUCUCCUCUCCCUCCAUGACCGAAGAGCCCGAGCUUCCACCUUCCUCCACAUGGCGCGACCAACGCAAGCUCGCGCAAGAAAAUCGCGCUCUCGAGUCCACGCAGUCUCGCAACAGCCGCAAUGAGCGCAAAUCCCGCGAAGCAUGGUCGAACGAAGAGGAAGAAGCUUUGAUUGAAUACAUGCGCAAAUAUCCUAGCAAAUAUUCAAGGAUACUGCAGUACGAUGAGCAAGAAGGGGGUGGCGUGUUGAGAAAUAGGAAUCAGGUUAAUUUAAAAGACAAGGCGAGGAAUCUAGCGAUUAACAUGAUACGAUCAGGAGCCGGUCUUAGAUCAGGGUUUGAAAACAUCAUACACCCCGGCGAAAAACAAGGGAGAGCUCUCAUGGCUGCUGGAUGGGUAAUGCACAGUGAUGGGUCGUGGGAGAAAGUCCAAUAG